AUGGCGACCGUAGCCCAAGUUGACGAACAGGAAUUGCCGCCACCGCGGUCGUCUUCGUCGUCCGAGGUGAUGGAGCAGCAGAGAGGAAAUCUAAGAGAGCCUCUUUUGGAGCACUCUCCCAUCGAUCUCCGACGCCACGCGGCCAACACCACCUCCCAAGUCGCCAUCGUCGGCUCCAACCUAUGCCCCAUCGAGAGCCUCGACUACGAGUUGAUCGAGAACGACGUCCUCAACCAGGAUUGGAGGAGCCGAGGCCGGGCGGCCAUAUUGCAGUAUGUGUUCCUCAAGUGGACUUUCUGCCUCUUCAUCGGCAUCCUCGCCGGCGCUGUUGGCUUCUUCAACAACCUUGCAGUGGAGAACAUCGCGGGCCGCAAGUUUGUCACCGUCUCCAAAUUCAUGCUUGCCAAUAAGUACUGGACUGCUUUCUGGGUGUUUGCCGGUUCAAAUUUGGCCCUUUUGACGUUUGCGACGGCGAUCACGGCUUUUGUUUCGACUGCCGCGGGCGGGUCGGGAAUACCGGAGGUGAAGGCUUAUCUGAAUGGCGUUGACGCUCCUGACAUCUUCUCGCUUCGCACCCUCGUUGUAAAGAUCGUCGGCACGAUUGCUGCUGUAUCAUCUUCGCUCCACGUGGGCAAGGCUGAUCCCAUGGUGCACAUUGGUGCAUGCAUCGGGGCUAUGGUCGGACAAGGUGGAUCUCGCAAGUAUCGCAUGACAUGCAGAUGGCUGCGUUACUUCAAGAACGACAGAGACAGGCGUGACCUUGUCACCUGUGGGGCUGCUGCCGGUGUUGCUGCCGCGUUGCGUGCACCGGUCGGUGGUGUUCUAUUUGCCCUGGAGUCGCUGUCUUCAUGGUACUAA